CCUACGAGGAAGACAACAUCCUGGGACAUUUUUUUGAGACCGCAGCGCAGCUUUAUCCCCACCAGGGCGGCAAUCGGCACAAGCAGCCGCCUUCGCGUGGCGGCUCAGAGGCGGCGGACUAAACACUUUGCUCGGCAGUGGUGGUAAGAUGGUGAAGCGAGGGAGAGGACCGCGGGGGGGGCCUAGAGGGGGCGGGGCGGACCUCCAAAAGGACCUGCAGCUGCUACAGUCCGACCCCAGGUUCGCCCAUGUGGCCUCGGACCCCAAGUACCGACACAUCCCAAAGAAGGAACGGAAAAUCAAACUGGAUAGUCGCUUCCACUCGAUUUUGACCGAUGAAAAGUUCUACGAGAAAUCCACUAUGGACCCACGAGGACGCAAGGGAAACUACUCCACCAAGGAAGACCUGCUCAGAUUCUACCAUUUAUCCUCGGAUGAAGGCUCGGAUGACGCUGAAGAGAAGGAGGAGGAGGAGGAGGAGGAGGAUGAAGAAAAAGAAGAAGAGGAGGAGGAGGAGGCAGAAGAUGAAGAAGAGGAGGAUGAAGAUGAAGAAAAGGAGGAAGAUGAAGAUAGUGGAGAGGAAAGCAAUGGAAAUCUGUAUAUUAGUAUUGAUGGAGAAGGGAAGAAAGAUGGAGGAGUGAAGGAGGGAAGAACGUCUGAAGAGGAGAGUGAAAAGACGAAAGAGGACAAAGAGAAGAAGACGAAGAAAGAGAAAGGGAAGAAGAAGGGCAUCUCAAAGAAAGAAACCAAAGAAGAGAAAGACGAAAACAAUGACAAAGAACAAGAAGAAGAAGACUCGAGCCACAAGAAGGAGAGGUCAGAGGUCACCGAGGAGGUCAGGUCGCGCCUCCAGGACCUGACGAGGGACUACGCCCGGGGUGGAGGUGACCUGUACUCCGAUGACUCCUCGGAUGAUGACUCCACCACCACGGAUGAGGAUGAGGAUGAGGACCUGGAUGAGUUCGAGUGGGCGGAGCUUGACCAAGAUGCCGUGUGGGAUAAUGAGGUGGAUGUGGAGGAAACCAAUCGCAUCGCCAUCUGUAACCUGGACUGGGAUCGGAUCAAGGCUGCCGAUCUCAUGGUUCUAUUCUCAUCCUUUUGUCCGCUCGGAGGGUCCGUGCGCAGCGUCACCAUCUAUCCCUCGGAGUAUGGGAAGAAGCGGAUGGAGGAGGAGGAUCGGAGCGGCCCACUGGAGCUGACUGGCAGGAAGAAGAAGAAGGGGGAGGAGGAGGAGGAGGUGGAUGAGGAGGCGGAGGAAUAUUUUCGGUCGCUGAAUUUGAAGGAUUUGGAUAAGCUUGAAAAAGGGAAGCUCGACCAACACAGCGGCGCCACCAAGCGAGACUUCGAGGCACUGCGACGCUACCAGAGGAAUCGCCUUCGGUACUUCUACGCAGUGAUGGAGUGCGACAGCGUGGACACUGCCCGUGGCCUCUACAUGGAGUGCGACCGACAGCCCUUUGAAGGCGCUGGCAUCCUCCUGGACAUGCGAUACGUGCCUUCGGACAUGGAGUUUGAUGAGACGCCACACGAUCUCUGCCGCGCGGUGCCACAGAGCUACAGGGCCAAGAGUUUCGUCACCACAGCACUUCAGAGCACACGGCCGGCACUGACCUGGGACGAGACUGACCCCGAUCGCUCCAAGACCCUGAGCACGGCCAUGGCACAGGCCCUCAAGGGUGGCACUGUGGGGGAUGGUGAGCUGCGGGAUUUCUUAGCAUCAUCGAGCGAGGAGGAAGAUGAUGAGGAGAAGGAAGAAGAGGAGGAGGAAGAAGAGGACACCAGCGACUCAGACGGGAACGAAGAAGUUAAGUCCGCAAGAAUCGCAAAAUUCCGCGCUCUGAUCCAGGAGAUUGACGAGAAGGAGAAGAGGAGGAAGGAUAAACAGAUAGACAUGGAGGAAAUACUGGACGAGAAGGAGGAAGAGGAGGAAGAGGAAGAGGAAGAAGAGAACAAAAAAGUCACCCAAUUAAACCCAUUCGAAAAAUACUUAGAGAAGAGGAACGCCAAGAAGAAGGAGAAGAGGAAGAAGCAGAAGAAAAAGAAGAAGGGAGAGGAGGAGGAGGAGGAGGAAGAUGAGGAUGCCAUUUCCGAUGAUGACCUGCCGGAUGGAGCGGAUGACCUUUACUCUGACCCCUUCUUUGCGGAUGAGCUGAAGAAAAGGGACAAGAAGAAGAAGAAGAAGAUAGGGAAGGAGGAGGAGGAGGAGGAGGAGGAGGAUACCAAUGAUAAGGGCAAUCUUGAGCUGCUGUUGAUGGAAGAGGAGGAGGAAGACAAGAGGCACUUCAACAUGAGGGAGAUUAUCAAGAGCAGCGAGGAAGACACCAGCAGGAAGAAGAGGAGGAAGAAGAACCUCAAGAAGAAGAUGAAGGAGAAGCAGGAGGAGCAGAAGAAGAAGAAAGUUGAUGAUUUUAAGGUCAACCUCAGUGACACGCGCUUCACCGAGCUCCUGACGGCUGGCGAGUACAACAUCGACCCAUCACACCCUCAGUUCAAGCGCACGAAGGCCAUGGACGGACUCAUCUCGGAGAUACAGAAGAAGAGGAGAUUGGAGAGCGGAGAAGAGGUGCCUGGUGCCAAAAAGCCUCACUUGGAAGAGGAGACCAAGAGGCACCUGGAGCUCGCCUCGUUAGUGCAGCGGGUCAAGAGGAAGACAGGUAAGGGGAAGAGGGCGGCCAAGAGGAGCGACCCGGACACCUGAUGACUGUACUUUUUGGGGCGACUGAACUUUUUUUGGGCCGGGUGAUAAAAGUGUGAUAAAAGUUUAAGGGAAAAAUGUUAGAUAAUAAAAUGUGAGAAAGUUG